UUUUAACCUCUGGAAAGUAUUUUCCCCAAUUGAUUUUCUCUGCGAGCCUCCUGCAACUGCAUCGAUCCCUAAAAAAACAAUUCUCUCUCUCUCUCUCUCUCUAGCUCGCUCUCGCUUCGCCUCUCGUUGUCUUCUCCAAUCAUCUCCUCUCUGCUCAGCACAGAGAGAGAAAAGAGAAAGCGGGAAGCGCGAGAUUGUCACCCAUCUGGCCCCAUUCAUUGCUACGAAGAUCUGGCGUCGAGUCCGACCCCCCUCGCUCGCGAAUCCAGCUCGUGGGAUCCUUAGCUGCCUCUGCGAUUCGGUAGUUGGCUUUUCCGAGCUGCGGAGCUGAAUCUGCAGGCUGUUGUAUCGAUCUCCGUCCUCCUCCCCCGCGAGAGUCGUGCUUCGGUUUGGCGUUGGGUUUGGAUGAGAGAUUGAGAGGCGUGGCGGAGACGACGAGCAUGGAGAUGGCCGCAGGCGGAGUGGCGUCCUUGGAGACCGACCUUUUGCAGCUCAAUGAGGUGUCCCCCUUGGCUCUGAAAUCGAACUCCGAUUUCGUCGAGAAGAUCUUCCAUCAGUGGCUCUCGCUUCCCGACAGCAACCGGCUGGUGACGUCACUGAUAAAUGAUGCAAAGGCAGGUGCACCUCUGAAUGCUCCUGGGAGCUCUUCGAGCACCAGUGCUGCUUCAGGCAAUUCAUUACCUUCUAUGUUUCCUGCGGGGAAUGCACCUCCACUUUCCCCUAGAAGUACAUCUGGUUCCCCUCGUGUAAUGAAACAGAGAGCUGGCCCUUCUAACUUGGGUUCUCCUUUGAAAAUAGUUAGGGAGCCAGUUAAAGAAUUAAUACCACAGUUUUACUUUCAAAAUGGCCGACCGCCUCCAAAAGAACUGAAAGAACAGUGCAUAUUGAGAGUCAAUCAAUUCUUUUAUGCUCACUCUGAUGGUUUGCAGAUGAAUGGUAAGAAGAUCCUGUUGGCCUUCCUAUUACUUUUUACUAGUGUUUUCUCUGCCAUCUAUAAUUCAGUGCUCUAUCAUUUCCUUGGUCUUUCAGACUUCAAAUUAGUUACGAGGGAAAUUUGCAAGUUGCCAUCAUUCUUCUCGACGUGUCUUUUCAGAAAGAUUGAUGUCAAUGGCACUGGCUCCAUUACGAGGGAUGCGUUUGCUGAUUACUGGAUAAAUGGGAACAUGUUGACACUGGAUAUAGCAACUCAAAUCUAUAAGAUUUUGAAGCAACCAAAUCUCAAGUAUCUCACUCAGGAUGACUUCAAACCUGUGCUUCGAGAGCUUUUGGCUACUCACCCUGGACUGGAGUUUUUGCAGAGCACACCUGAGUUUCAGGAAAGAUAUGCUGAAACAGUGAUAUACAGAAUAUUUUACUACAUAAAUAGAUCUGGAAAUGGCAAUCUGACUCUCAGGGAGUUGAAACGUGGGAACUUGAUUGAUGCAAUGUUACAUGCAGAUGAAGAAGAAGAUAUAAAUAAAGUCUUGAGGUAUUUCUCGUAUGAACAUUUUUACGUCAUAUACUGCAAGUUCUGGGAAUUGGAUACAGACCAUGAUUUCUUGAUAGACAAGGAGAACCUUAUCCGAUAUGGCAAUCAUGCACUUACCUACCGAAUUGUAGAUAGAAUAUUUUCUCAGGUCCCAAAAAAGUUCACUAGCAAAGUUGAAGGGAAGAUGGGUUACGAAGAUUUUGUUUACUUCAUACUGGCUGAGGAGGAUAAAUCUUCUGAGCCUAGUCUUGAAUACUGGUUUAAAUGCAUAGAUUUGGAUGGAAAUGGAAUUUUGACCCGAAAUGAAUUGCAAUAUUUCUAUGAGGAGCAGUUGCAUCGUAUGGAGUGCAUGGCUCAAGAGCCUGUGCUCUUUGAGGAUAUUUUGUGUCAGAUAAUUGACAUGAUUGGGCCAGAGAAUCAAAGUUAUAUCACAUUGAAUGAUCUGAAAGGCUGCAAACUUUCCGGAAGCGUAUUCAAUAUUCUUUUCAACCUCAAUAAAUUUAUGGCUUUUGAGAGCCGUGAUCCAUUUCUCAUUCGUCAGGAAAGGGAGAAUCCAACCUUGACAGAGUGGGAUCGCUUCGCGCAUAGGGAAUAUAUUAGGCUUUCAAUGGAAGAAGAUGUUGAAGAUGCCUCUAAUGGAAGUGCAGAAGUAUGGGAUGAGUCCCUUGAGGCUCCAUUCUAAGAGUGAGUGGGUUUUCAAGGAAGAGAAAAAAUCAUCAUCAAGAACAGGCAACGAAGCAAGAGAGCCAACCUGGAAUGAGUUAUUGAUGGAUUGUCAGUCACCUAUAAAUUUGUCGAGGGGAGAAAAUUCUGCAGAUGGUCAAGUUGGCCUGCCACAGAGCAGAGGCUAUUCUCAGAAAUUGGACGUGGGCUGAUAUUUGGACUUUCGGCGAUAAUACCGAGUACCAAAUUAACAUUUCUGUGGAAGAAAUAUCGGCCUAAACUACACUCAAUUGAAGUCCAAUUUGAAGCAUUGAUGCCAUUGGUGAUCUUCUCGCCAGUUUCUGAGAUAUUUGUUUCUCUAGCAUAAGUGGUUGGUGCUUCUCUUAAUAACUUAAGUUCUGAACAUCAGUUUGGCGGUUCUUCUAGUACUCGAAACUGGUACAAUCAUUUGGCCAGGUUGGGGAGGUAGGCAAUUCUUUCCUUUUUCUUUCCCUUUUCAUUGGUAGUUUGUUCGAACAAUGGUUAUUUAUGAAUGGGUUUUGCUAGCUUUGAAGAAAGCAAUCGCUGUAUAGUGAUACUAGAUCAUAUUUUGACCGCGACUUUAUGACCUGAAGGCAUAUGUUCUGUUC